UUUUGAAGAUUUUUUACACGCUUCACCGAUACACAUCUACGAACACACAUCUUGCAAUACAUCUUUCACAUUUAACAAACACACACACACACACACACACACACACACACACACACACACAACACACAAACUCUCACGGUCAACCUCGGCUGAGUUUGACUGUCUUUUAUUCCACCUAUCCACGGAACGGCUGCUCAUCUCGUCUGUAACAACUUCAGUACGGUAAGUCAUGUGUUAUCAGCUUAUUUGUUGUGUUUUGCUGUUGUUGAGGGAGAACUUUUGCUCAAACAUGCAGCUAACAAAACUGUUGUGGCUAAGAUAGGCGUGCUGAGUUGUUUACACAGGGCCGCUAACAAAGUAGCUAGUGUGCUACUCUGUUAGCGGCCCUGUGUAAACACCAAGCUAGUUGUAACUUCGUUAUUCUGUGACUUCACUGCACUCUCGGAGAUCACAAUGUAGCAUUUUGUGGUGGUGGCGGAAGUGUAUUGUGUUGUUUCGCGUUCUUUGUCCGCAUCGCAGAGGGGCUAUUGUCUGUGUCCACAUUGCAGUGCAAUUAUUGUCUUGUUUCGCUGUCUGCGUCGGCAUCGCAGAGGGGCUCUUGUUAGGGCCCGAGCGUAGCUGCUAAGCAGCUGCGAGAGCCCUCUUGUUCCUGAUGGAUUCUUCUUUUGUUAUUAGGGCCCGAGCCAGCUGCAGAGCAGCCGGGCGUAGAGCCCUAUUAUUCCUGUAUAGGUUUUUCUUUCUUCUUUCUUUCUUUCUUUCUUCUUAUUUUUCCUCCCCUUUGAAGGGGAAAAUGGCCCACUUCCCACUGGCGAAAACUCAUGAAAUUUGGCAGGACGAAUGGGCCUGGUGAAAAAUUCGAUAUUCUGAAGUCGCCCAAACAAUAAAAUGCAAAAUGGCUCCAUAGCGCCCCCUAAGGUGAAAAUUCACACUAUUGACUGUCACACCUUUACGCUUUGUCAUAUUGACACAAAAAUUGACACACACAUGUAUCUCAAUAAGAUCUAUAAAAAAGUCAGUGCGGGCGUAUCUGUCAAAUGUACGGUUAAAGGGUUAUUUCGCAUUUUUUGCCGAUCCGCACACAUUGGAAUUUCCUCUCCUCCGAAGGCUUUCGUUCCACUGGCACCACAUUUGCUCAGGCCAAUCUACACCCCAUGGCCAUUCAAAGUUGUACAAAUCAUGACGCUGCACCCCACGGUUUACGUUCUAGGGGGCGCCAAAUAUAACCCAAAAAUCCACAGUCUUAAAAGUCUUAUAACUUUUUAUUUUUGUCCUCACUGGCCUCCAAGUUUUCUAGGAUGAUGCAAUGUCCAGCCAUCAACACAUUUGUGAAGGAAUUUUUACUCGCCAAAAGAGCGCCCCCCCCAUGGCAGGAGAAAAAAGUCAAUUUUUUCUUGUCUCCUAAGGCGAAAAUACACAUUGUUGACUGUCACGCCUUUACGCUUUGUCAAAAUGACACAAAAUUUGACACACACAUGUAUCUCAAUAAGAUCUACGAAAAAGUCAAUGCGAGCGUAUCUGUUCAAUGUACAGUUAAAGGGCUAUUUCGCAUUUUUUGCCGAUUCGCACACAUUGGAAUGUGGCUAACUCCUCCUGAAGCUUUUGUCCCAUCGGCUUCAAAUUUGCUCAGGUCAAUCUACACCCCAUGGCCAUUCAAAGUUGUACAAAUCAUGACGCUGCACCCCACGGUUUACGUUCUAGGGGGCGCCAAAGAGGACCCAAAUAUCCACAUUUUUAAAAGUCUUAUAACUUUUUAUUUUUGUCCUCACUGGCCUCCAAGUUUUCUAGGAUGAUGCAAUGUCCAGCCAUCAACACAUUUGUGAAGGAAUUUUUUCUCCCCAAAAGAGCGCCCCCCCAUGAAAGGAGAAAAAGUCAAGUUUUUCCUGCCCAUCGCUCAAUGGCUCAAACGCAUCGCUCUCUCGGCAAAACCGAAAGGAGGAGCAAAUUGCCAUUUGGAUAUAUACUAGCUGUGUUUGUGCCCUCACUCAUGGUCCAGACUUUUUUCAAAAAGGACAUGGAGUUUGUCUGCAGCGAGCGUUUUGGUAGAAACUGCGCCUCCCAUUCAUUAUCAUGGGAAAUGACCACAGACAAGUGUGCACACCAUCUUUGGACCUUGAGUGUGACGCGAUCGGGAGGGGUAGGCGGUCGCGCUGGGGGCGGCGCGACACGGCUCGGGCCCGCCAGUGCCCCAACGGGGCCCUAGUUAUUAUUAGGGCCCGAGCGUAGCUGCUAAGCAGCUGCGAGAGCCCUCUUGUUCCUGAUGGAUUCUUCUUUAGGGCCCGAGCGUAGCUGCUAAGCAGCUGCGAGAGCCCUAUUAUUCCUGAUGGAUUCUUCUUUAGGGCCCGAGCGUAGCUGCUAAGCAGCUGCGAGAGCCCUCUUGUUCCUGCAUGUUUCCUUCUUUCGUUAUUAUUUUUCCUCCGCUUUAAACUGGAAAAUGGCCCACUUCCCACUGGCGAAAACUCAUGAAAUUUGGCAGGACGACCGGGCCUGGUGAAAAAUUCGAUAUUCUGAAGUCGCCCAAACAAUAAAAUGCAAAAUGGCUCCAUAGCGCCCCCUAAGGUGAAAAUUCACAUGACGGCUGUACGCUUUGUCAUAUUGACACAAAAAUUGACACACACAUGUAUCUCAAUAAGAUCUACAAAAAAGUCAGUGCGGGCGUAUCUGUCAAAUGUACGGUUAAUGGGUUAUUUUGCAUUUUUUGCAGAUCUGCACACAUUGGAAUUUCGCUAACUCCUCCGAAGGCUUUCGUUCGACCGGCACCACAUUUGCGCAGGCCAAUCUACCCCCCAUGGCCAUUAAAAGUUGUACAAAUCAUGACGCUGCACCCCACGGUUUACGUUCUAGGGGGCGCCAAAGAUAACCCAAAAUCCACAUUCUUAAAAGUCUUAUAACUUUUUAUUUUUGUCCUCACUGCCCUCCAAGUUUUCUAGGAUGAUGCAAUGUCCAGCCAUCAACACAUUUGUGAAGGAAUUUUUACUCCCCAAAAGAGCGCCCCCCCAUGGCAGGAGAAAAAAGUCAAUUUUUUCUUGUCCCCUUACAUGAAAAUACACAUUGUUGAGUGUCACGCCUGAACGCUUUGUCAUAUUGACACAAAAAUUGACAAUCAUGUGUAUCUCAAUUAGAUCUACGAAAAAGUCAAAGAGCGCGUAUCUGUAUAAUGUACGGUUAAAGGGCUAUUUCACAUUUUUUGCCGAUUCGCACACAUUGGAAUGUGGCUAUCUCCUCCUAAGGCUUUCGUCCCACCGAUACCAAAUUUGCUCAGGGCAAUCUACACCCCAUGCCCAUUCAAAGUUGUAAAAAUCAUGACGCUGCACCCCACGGUUUACGUUCUAGGGGACGCCAAAGAUGACCCAAAAAUCCACAUUCUUAAAAGUCAUUUUGGCCACUGCAGGAGUACAGAGUACUGCAGUUCUAGGGGGCGCCAAAGAUGACCCAAAAAUCCACAUUCUUAAAAGUCUUUUUGGCCACUGCAGGAGUACAGAGUACUGCAGGAUACACACACAUAUACACACACACACACACAAACACACACACACACACACACACACUCAGAGUCUGUUUUUUAGCACCUGCAAAAACAUGCUGUUUACAUAUUUGACAAGAAUGCAGAGGCUUCCUUUUGCCCCUGAAAAAAAUCAGAUUUCAAACACAACUUGACUGUUCAUUUCUCCAAAAGACAACCAUGAAGCUCCAUCCAAACCUGAAGCAGAUAGUUGGUGCAUGUGUACAGUAACCUGAGGGGAGUGAGGUGACUAUUUCUGAGGAGAACAUGAGCAGUGAAGAUUCACCUUGGAGCUAGAACAGGGACGUGCACAUGAUUAUACAGGGGCAGGGGCUCAAGUUUUUUCCAGUCAUUUAUACAAUAUGGAAAUUAAUGUGAAAUUAAACCACAAAUAUGUGUGAUGAACUGUUUUUAAAACUUAAACUUCAAAUAAAAAUUGUAAACUUCAAAACAUAUGCAAAUUUUUAACAAAGAACAUAGUAAUUUACCUCUAUUUACAUCAAAAUGCAGGCAAUGGCCCAGGCGUUCUUUGUAAAAUUAUUUACAAAACACUGUAUAGUCUCACAAAUGUCACUUUUUAUUUAUGCCACUACAAAAAAACAUGAUGUAAAUGAUGCAUGAUGUAAAACAUGAUGUAAAAAACUUGUGUAGAUCCUCCUCUAUGUCAGUCCAUGUGUAAUUUUUCCAUAAUUCUUUGUUUUUUGCAGCAUUUUUGUUAGUGUAACUGCAGAUUGUGCUGACAGUGUCUAUGGCACAAAAAAAAAAAAACUGAAAAUGCCUCAACAUGAACCCCUGGUGGUCUCUGAGGGUGAAACCUGCUAACUGCUGCAGCUCUGUCAGCUUCAGUCUCCCAUGCAGAGCUCGGAGCGCAUGUGUGGCUCUGCACCCUUAGCAGCGUUGCUAACUCCUCAGUAAGGAAAGCCUGCUUCAUGUCAGAGUCUCUUAACUCCAGAACUCCAGAAGAAGUCGAUAAAAGUCCCUUUCUUUCUAAAAAGUCGUUAGGGGGUCUGAAAAGUCAUUGAAUCUAACAACAAAGUCGCUAGGUUUGCAACUACGUGUCCCAGACUGCAUCCCUGCUGAGAGUCCCUCCCUCCCUUCUCAAGUUGCAGGAAGAACGCGAGCGCCCGUCCCGUGUCAAUCAGUCACCAUAUAAUUUUGGAUUGGUUGUUGUGGUGAAGUUUUCCACCAAUAGGAGAGAUGUUGUGGUGUGUUUUUUUUUUUUCUUUUGGCAAGUCUUUUCCGCCUGUAAGAGCUGUCGCUAAUGUCUGCAUGCUAUGUUUUCCUGUCUCAUACAGCGCGAUCGAGCGCCGAACGUGAUCAAAAUAAGCAGAAAAAAAGUAUCGCGGACAUAAUUUAUCAUAACUCUGGUUUUAUUUGGCCUAUCAACACAAUUUAAAAACUGGUAUAUAGUUUGAGGUCCUCACUUUUAAGAUUGGUUGAAACUGAGAAUCAACGAGGCUCCGUCUUGCAGCUACAUCCGGUUAAAUAUGUCAUGUGACUUGAACGCUGGGGAACGUCAAUCGACUGCAGAGCCAGCAGACAAAGUAGUUAUGGCCACUGAGAGGCACACAUUUGUCAUAUGCUAUAAUCCUAACAUAUUUAAAUGCUUUUUCUAUUUAAACCUAAUGGAUCUAAGCUUUGACCUUCAAAAUUUAGGAAGAAUAUGUUUUUGCAGUAAUGACCCCCUUAAACAACCAGAGGUCCUUUCCUGAAGUUUAUGGAAAUUUUAGUGAAGGCCUUGGUUUCUUUCCUUGCAAAAUGUAUAGAAAUAAUAAAGCUAAAUACCAUAAAAUGGUCUUGGCGUAUUAGCAGUGAUAUAAAAUAGUGGUUUGAAUAUGAAUGAACAACAAAAAAAAAAACAUCAACAGAGCCUUUUUGAGUUGGGAUUCUUUCAUUAUCACACAAAAACAGACAUAGACAGACAUCUAAAGGGUAAGGGAAUGAUCAGCCCUCCUGAACUCUCAGAUGAAUCUUCAAAAUUCACCUCAGAAAUAUGCUUAUUAUUCUUCUCAGAGUACUGCAGGACACACACACACACACACACACACACACACACACACACACACACACACACACACACACACACACACUCAGAGUCUUUUUUUUAGCACCUGCAAAAACAUGUUAUUAACAUAUUUGACAAGAAUGCAGAGGCUCCUUUUGCCCCUGAAAAAAAUCAGAUUUCAAACACAACUUGACUGGUCAUUUCUCCAAAAGACAACCAUGAAGCUCCAUCCAAACCUGAAGCAGGCAGUUGGUGCAUGUGUACAGUAACCUGAGGGGAGUGAGGUGACUGCUUCUGAGGAGAACAUGAGCAGUGAAGAUUCACCUUGGAGCUACAACAGGGACGUGCACAUGAUAAUACAGGGGCAGGGGCUCAAGUUUUUUCCAGUCAUUUAUACAAUAUGGAAAUUAAUGUGAAAUUAAAAACAAAGUAUUAAUAGAAAGGUAAUGACUGUCCUGUGUAGGUGACAGUGAUAUCCAAUAGGCUAGGCACUCACGAGGCUGGCUGUUGCAAGUGUAAGUGAAAGCAACACGCACUGGCAGGAAGAACAGCAAACACCGAUGAAGGAAAAGGGUCUUUGCAGUGAUGGGCGUUACCAGAGAGGGCGAUGGCCAGAGGACGCGAAUGGGACGGGGAGGCAGCGCGUUGGGGGGGGGGGGGGGCACAUGGCUCGGGCCCGCCAGUGCCCCACCGGGGCCCUAGUUCUUCUUCUUCUUAUUAUUAUUUUUCUGCCCCUUUGAACUGGAAAAUGGCCCACUUCCCACUGGUGAAAAGUCAUGAAAUUUGGCAGGACAACCGGGCCUGGUGAAAAAUUCGAUAUUCUGAAGUCGCCCAAAAAAUCAAAUGCAAAAUGGCUCCAUAGCGCCCCCUAAGGUGAAAAAUUCACAUGAUUGAGUGUCACGCCUGUACGCUUUGUCAAAAUGACACAAAAUUUGACACACACGUGUAUCUCAAUAAGAUCUACAAAAAAGUCAGUGCGGGCGUAUCUGUCAAAUGUACGGUUAAAGGUUUAUUUCGCAUUUUUUGCCGAUCCGCACACAUUGGAAUUUCGCUAACUCCUCCGAAGGUUUUCGUUCCACCGGCACCACAUUUGCUCAGGCCAAUCUACACCCCAUGGCCAAUAAAAGUUGUACAAAUCAUGACGCUGCACCCCAAGGUUUACGUUCUAGGGGGCGCCAAAGAUAACCCAAAAAUCCACAGUCUUAAAAGUCUUAUAACUUUUUAUUUUUGUCCUCACUGGCCUCCAAGUUCUCUAGGAUGAUGCAAUGUCCAGCCAUCAACACAUUUGUGAAGGAAUUUUUACUCGCCAAAAGAGCGCCCCCCCAUGGCAGGAGAAAAAUGUCCAUUUUUUCUUGUCUCCUAAGGCGAAAAUACACAUCGUUGACUGUCACGCCUUUACGCUUUGUCAAAAUGACACAAAAUUUGACACACACAUGUAUCUCAAUAAGAUCUACAAAAAAGUCAGUGCGGGCGUAUCUGUCAAAUGUACGGUUAAAGGGUUAUUUCGCAUUUUUUGCCGAUCCGCACACAUUGGAAUUUCGCUAACUCCUCCGAAGGCUUUCGUUCCAACGGCACCACAUUUGCUCAGGCCAAUCUACACCCCAUGGCCAUUAAAAGUUGUACAAAUCAUGACGCUGCACCCCACGGUUUACGUUCUAGGGGGCGCCAAAGAUAACCCUAAAAUCCACAGUCUUAAAAGUCUUAUAACUUUUUAUUUUUGUCCUCACUGGCCUCCAAGUUCUCUAGGAUGAUGCAAUGUCCAGCCAUCAACACAUUUGUGAAGGAAUUUUUACUCGCCAAAAGAGCGCCCCCCAUGGCAGGAGAAAAAAGUCCAUUUUUUCUUGUCUCCUAAGGUGAAAAUACACAUUGUUGACUGUCACGCCUUUACGCUUUGUCAAAAUGACACAAAAUUUGACACACACAUGUAUCUCAAUAAGAUCUACGAAAAAGUCAAUGCGAGCGUAUCUGUUCAAUGUACGGUUAAAGGGCUAUUUCGCAUUUUUUGCCGAUUCGCACACAUUGGAAUGUGGCUAACUCCUCCUAAAGCUUUUGUCCCAUCGGCUUCAAAUUUGCUCAGGUCAAUCUACACCCCAUGGCCAUUCAAAGUUGUACAAAUCAUGACGCUGCACCCCACGGUUUACGUUCUAGGGGGUGCCAAAGAGGACCCAAAUAUCCACAUUUUUAAAAGUCUUUUAACUUUUUAUUUUUGUCCUCACUGGCCUCCAAGUUUUCUAGGAUGAUGCAAUGUCCAGCCAUCAACACAUUUGUGAAGGAAUUUUUUCUCCCCAAAAGAGCGCCCCCCCAUGGCAGGAGAAAAAGUCAAGUUUUUCCUGCCCAUCGCUCAAUGGCUCAAAAGCAUCGCUCUCUCGGCAAAACCGAAAGGAGGAGCAACUUGCCAUUUGGAUAUAUACUAGCUGUGUUUGUGCCCUCACUCAUGGUCCAGACUUUUUUCAAAAAGGACAUGGAGUUUGUCUGCAGCGAGCGUUUUGGUAGAAACUGCGCCUCCCAUUCAUUAUAAUGGUAAAUGACCACAGACAAGUGCGCACACCAUCUUUGGACCUUGAGUGUGACGCGAUCAAGAGGGGUAGGCGGUCGCGCUGGGGGCGGCGCGACACGGCUCGGGCCCGCCAGUGCCCCAACGGGGCCCUAGUUUGUUAUUAUUAUUAUUUUUCCUCCGCUUUAAACUGGAAAAUGGCCCACUUCCCACUGGCGAAAACUCAUGAAAUUUGGCAGGACGACCGGGCCUGGUGAAAAAUUCGAUAUUCUGAAGUUGCCCAAACAAGAAAAUGCAAAAUGGCUCCAUAGCGCCCCCUAAGGUGAAAAUUCACACUAUUGACUGUCACGCCUGUACGCUUUGUCAUAUUGACACAAAAAUUGACACACACAUGUAUCUCAAUAAGAUCUACAAAAAAGUCAGUGCGGGCGUAUCUGUCAAAUGUACGGUUAAAGGGUUAUUUUGCAUUUUUUGCAGAUCCGCACACAUUGGAAUUUCGCUAACUCCUCCGAAGGCUUUCGUUCAACCGGCACCACAUUUGCUCAGGCCAAUCUACACUCCAUGGCCAUUCAAAGUUGUACAAAUCAUAAUGCUGCACCCCAUGGUUUAGGUUCUAGGGGGCGCCAAAAAUAACCCAAAAAUCCACAUUCUUAAAAGUUUUAUAAAUUUUUUUUUUUGUCCUCACUGGCCUCCAAGUUUUCUAGGAUGAUGCAAUGUCCAGCCAUCAACACAUUUGUGAAGGAAUUUUUACUCCCCAAAAGAGCGCCCCCCCAUGGCAGGAAUAAAAAGUCCAUUUUUUCUUGUCCCCUAAGGUGAAAAUACACAUUGUUGAGUGUCACGCCUGUACGCUUUGUCGUAUUGACAAAAAAUUUGACACACACGUGUAUCUCAAUAAGAUCUACGAAAAAGUCAAUGGGCGCGUAUCUGUAAAAUGUACGGCUAAAGGGCUAUUUUGCAUUUUUUGCCGAUUCGCACACAUUGGAAUGUGGCUAACUCCUCCUAAGGCUUUCGUCCCACUGACACCAAAUUUGCUCAGGCCAAUCUACACCCCAUGGCCAUUCAAAGUUGUAAAAAUCAUGCCGCUGCACCCCAUGGUUUACGUUCUAGGGGGCGCCAAAGAUGACCCAAAUAUCCACAUUCUUAAAAGUCGUUUUGGCCACUGCAGGAGUACAGAGUACUGCAGGAUACACACACACAGACACACACACACACACACACAGACACACACACACACACACACACACACACACACACACUCAGAGUCUGUUUUUUAGCACCUGCAAAAACAUGCUAUUUACAUAUUUGACAACAAUGCAGAGGCUUCCUUUUGCCCCUGAAAAAAAUCAAAUUUCUAACACAACUUGACUGCUCAUUUCUCCAAAAGACAACCAUGAAGCUCCAUCCAAACCUGAAGCAGGCAGUUGGUGCAUGUGUACAGUAACCUGAGGGGAGUGAGGUGACUGCUUCUGAGGAGAACAUGAGCAGUGAAGAUUCACCUUGGAGCGAGAACAGGGACGUGCACAUGAUUAUACGGGGGCAGGGGCUCAAGUUUUUUCCAGUCGUUUAUACAAUAUGGAAAUUAAUGUGAAAUUAAAAAACAAAGUAUUAAUAGAAAGGUAAUGACUGUCCUGUGUAGGUGACAGUGAUAUCCAAUAGGCUAGGCACUCACAAGGCUGGCUGUGGCAAGUGUAAGUGAAAGCAACACGCACUGGCAGGAAGAACAGCAAACGCCGAUGAAGGAAAAGGGUCUUUGCAGUGAUGGGCGUUACCAGAGAGGGCGAUGGCCAGAGGACGCGAAUGGGACGGGGAGGCGGCGCGUGGGGGGGGGGGGGGGGGCGACACAGCUCGGGCCCGCCAGUGCCCCAACGGGGCCCUAGUGUUAUUAUUAUUAUUAUUAUUUUUCCUCCGCUUUAAACUGGAAAAUGGCCCACUUCCCACUGGCGAAAACUCAUGAAAUUUGGCAGGACGACCGGGCCUGGUGAAAAAUUCGAUAUUCUGAAGUCGCCCAAACAAUAAAAUGCAAAAUGGCUCCAUAGCGCCCCCUAAGGCGAAAAUUCACACUAUUGACUGUCACGCCUGUACGCUUUGUCAUAUUGACACAAAAAUUGACACACACGUGUAUCUCAAUACGUUCUACGAAAAAGUCAGCGCGGGCGCAUCUGUGAAAUGUACAGUUAGAGGGUUAUUUCGCAUUUUUUGCCGAUCUGCACACAUUGGAAUUUCGCUAACUCCUCCGAAGGCAUUCGUUCCACCGGCACCACAUUUGCUCAGGCCAAUCUACACCCCAUGGCCAUUAAAAGUUGUACAAAUCAUGACACUGCACCCCACAGUUUACGUUCUAGGGGGCGCCAAAGAUAACCCAAAAAUCCACAGUCUUAAAAGUCUUAUAACUUUUUAUUUUUGUCCUCACUGGCCUCCAAGUUCUCUAGGAAGAUGCAAUGUCCAGCCAUCAACACAUUUGUGAAGGAAUUUUUACUCCCCAAAAGAGCGCCCCCACAUGGCAGGAGAAAAAAGUCAAUUUUUUCUUGUCCCCUAAGGUGAAAAUACACAUUGUUGAGUGUCACGCCUAUACGCUUUGUCAUAUUGACCCAAAAUUUGACAAUCACGUGUAUCUCAAUAAGAUCUACGAAAAAGUCAAUGGGCACGUAUCUGUAAAAUGUACGGUUAAAGGGCUAUUUCGCAUUUUUUGCAGAUUCGCACACAUUGGAAUGUGGCUAACUCCUCCUAAGGCUUUCUUCCCACCGACACCAAAUUUGCUCAAGCCGAUCUACAUCCCAUGGCCAUUCAAAGUUGUAAAAAUCAUGCCGCUGCACCCCAUGGUUUACGUUCUAGGGGGCGCCAAAGAUGACCCAAAUAUCCACAUUCUUAAAAGUCGUUUUGGCCACUGCAGGAGUACAGAGUACUGCAGGAUACACACACACAGACACACACACAAACACACACACACACACACACACACACACACACACACACACACACACACACACACACACACACACUCAGAGUCUGUUUUUUAGCACCUGCAAAAACAUGCUAUUUACAUAUUUGACAACAAUGCAGAGGCUCCUUUUGCCCCUGAAAAAAAUCAAAUUUCAAACACAACUUGACUGGUCAUUUCUCCAAAAGACAACCAUGAAGCUCCAUCCAAACCUGAAGCAGGCAGUUGGUGCAUGUGUACAGUUACCUGAGGGGAGUGAGGUGAGUGCUUCUGAGGAGAACAUGAGCAGUGAAGAUUCACCUUGGAGCGAGAACAGGGACGUGCACAUGAUUAUACAGGGGCAGGGGCUCAAGUUUUUUCCAGUCGUUUAUACAAUAUGGAAAUUAAUGUGAAAUUAAAAAACAAAGUAUUAAUAGAAAGGUAAUGACUGUCCUGUGUAGGUGACAGUGAUAUCCAAUAGGCUAGGCACUCACGAGGCUGGCUGUGGCAAGUGUAAGUGAAAGCAACACGCACUGGCAGGAAGAACAGCAAACGCCGAUGAAGGAAAAGGGUCUUUGCAGUGAUGGGCGUUACCAGAGAGGACGAUGGCCAGAGGACGCGAAUGGGACGGGGAGGCAGCGCAUUGGUGGGGGGGGGGGGGGGGGGGGGGGGGGGGCGCGACACAGCUCGGGCCCGCCAGUGCCCCAACGGGGCCCUAGUUAUUAUUUUUCCUCCGCUUUAAACUGGAAAAUGGCCCACUUCCCACUGGCGAAAACUCAGGAAAUUUGGCAGGACGACCGGGCCUGGUGAAAAAUUCGAUAUUCUGAAGUCGCCCAAACAAUAAAAUGCAAAAUGGCUCCAUAGCGCCCCCUAAGGUGAAAAUUCACACUAUUGACUGUCACGCCUGUACGCUUUGUCAUAUUGACACAAAAAUUGACACACACAUGUAUCUCAAUAAGAUCUACAAAAAAGUCAGUGCGGGCGUAUCUGUCAAAUGUACGGUUAAAGGGUUAUUGCGCAUUUUUUCCGAUCCGCACACAUUGGAAUUUCGCUAACUCCUCCGAAGGCUUUCGUUCCACCGGCACCACAUUUGCUCAGGCCAAUCUACACUCCAUGGCCAUUCAAAGUUGUACAAAUCAUGACGCUGCACCCCACGGUUUAGGUUCUAGGGGGCGCCAAAAAUAACCCAAAAAUCCACAUUCUUAAAAGUUUUAUAACUUUUUUUUUUUGUCCUCACUGGCCUCCAAGUUUUCUAGGAUGAUGCAAUGUCCAGCCAUCAACACAUUUGUGAAGGAAAUUUUUACUCCCCAAAAGAGCGCCCCCCCAUGGCAGGACAAAAAAGUCAAUUUUUUCUUGUCCCCUAAGGUGAAAAUACACAUUGUUGAGAUUCACGCCUGUACGCUUUGUCAUAUUGACAAAAAAUUUGACACACACGUGUAUCUCAAUAAGAUCUACGAAAAAGUCAAUGCACGCGUAUCUGUAAACUGUACGGCUAAAGGGCUAUUUUGCAUUUUUUGCCGAUUCGCACACAUUGGAAUGUGGCUGACUCCUCCUAAGGAUUUCGUCCCACUGACAACAAAUUUGCUCAGGCCAAUCUACACCCCAUGGCCAUUAAAAGUUGUAAAAAUCAUGACGCUGCACCCCAUGGUUUACGUUCUAGGGGGCGCCAGAGAGGACCCAAAAAUCCACAUUCUUAAAAGUCUUAGAACUUUUUAUUUUUGUCCUCACUGGCCUCCAAGUUUUCUAGGAUGAUGCAAUGUCUAGCCAUCAACACAUUUGUGAAGGAAUUUUUACUCCCCAAAACAGCGCCCCCCCAUGGCCGGAGAAAAAGUCAAGUUUUUCCUGCCCAUCGCUCAAUGGCUCAAUCGCAUCGCUCUCCAGGCAACACCGUAAGGAGGAGCAACCUGCCAUUUGGAUAUAUCCUAGCUGUGUUUGUGCCCUCACUCAUGGUCCAGACUUUUUUCAAAUAGGACAUGUAGUUUGUCUGCAGCGAGCGUUUUGGUAGAAACUGCGCCUCCCAUUCAUUAUAAUGGUAAAUGACCACAGACAAGUGCGAACACCAUCUUUGGACCUUGAGUGUGACGCGAUCGGGAGGGAGAGGCGGUCGUGUUGGGGGCGGCGCGACACAGCUCGGGCCCGCCAGUGCCCCAACGGGGCCCUAGUAUUAUUAUUAUUAUUAUUUUUCCUCCGCUUUAAACUGGAAAAUGGCCCACUUCCCACUGGCGAAAACUCAUGAAAUUUGGCAGGACGACCGGGCCUGGUGAAAAAUUCGAUAUUCUGAAGUCGCCCAAACAAUAAAACGCAAAAUGGCUCCAUAGCGCCCCCUAAGGUGAAAAUUCACACUAUUGACUGUCACGCCUUUACGCUUUGUCAUAUUGACACAAAAAUUGACACACACAUGUAUCUCAAUAAGAUCUACAAAAAAGUCAGUGCGGGCGUAUCUGUCAAAUGUACGGUUAAAGGGUUAUUUUGCAUUUUUUGCCGAUCCGCACACAUUGGAAUUUCGCUAACUCCUCCGAAGGCUUUCGUUCCAACGGCACCACAUUUGCUCAGGCCAAUCUACACCCCAUGGCCAUUAAAAGUUGUACAAAUCAUGACGCUGCACCCCACGGUUUACGUUCUAGGGGGCGCCAAAGAUAACCCAAAAAUCCACAGUCUUAAAAGUCUUGUAACUUUUUAUUUUUGUCCUCACUGGCCUCCAAGUUCUCUAGGAUGAUGCAAUGUCCAGCCAUCAACACAUUUGUGAAGGAAUUUUUACUCCCCAAAAGAGCGCCCCCCAAUGGCAGGAGAAAAAAGUCCAUUUUUUCUUGUCUCCUAAGGCGAAAAUACACAUUGUUGACUGUCACGCCUUUACGCUUUGUCAAAAUGACACAAAAAUUGACACACACAUGUAUCUCAACACGAUCUACGAAAAAGUCCAUGCGAGCGUAUCUGUUCAAUGUACGGUUAAAGGGCUAUUUCGCAUUUUUUGCCGAUUCGCACACAUUGGAAUUUCGCUAACUCCUCCUAAAGCUUUUGUCCCAUCGGCUUCAAAUUUGCUCAGGUCAAUCUACACCCCAUGGCCAUUCAAAGUUGUACAAAUCAUGACGCUGCACCCCACGGUUUACGUUCUAGGGGGCGCCAAAGAGGACCCAAAUAUCCACAUUUUUAAAAGUCUUAUAACUUUUUAUUUUUGUCCUCACUGGCCUCCAAGUUUUCUAGGAUGAUGCAAUGUCCAGCCAUCAACACAUUUGUGAAGGAUUUUUUUCUCCCCAAAAGAGCGCCCCCCCAUGGCAGGAGAAAAAGUCAAGUUUUUCCUGCCCAUCGCUCAAUGGCUCAAAAGCAUCGCUCUCUCGGCAAAACGGAAAGGAGGAGCAACUUGCCAUUUGGAUAUAUACUAGCUGUGUUUGUGCCCUCACUCAUGGUCCAGACUUUUUUCAAAAAGGACAUGGAGUUUGUCUGCAGCGAGCGUUUUGGUAGAAACUGCGCCUCCCAUUCAUUAUAAUGGUAAAUGACCACAGACAAGUGCGCACACCAUCUUUGGACCUUGAGUGUGACGCGAUCGGGAGGGGUAGGCGGUCGCGCUGGGGGCGGCGCGACACGGCUCGGGCCCGCCAGUGCCCCAACGGGGCCCUAGUCUGGUUUUGCGGUCCGUGUCUGUGUUUUGGGGUUUAUUUGUGGUAAUUUGCCGUUGUUGAGGGAGAACUUGGCGGUGGCGCUGUGUAAACAGGAAGCCAGUUGUAACUUCGUUAUUCUGUGACUUCACUAAAUUCUCGGAAAUCAAAAUUUAGCAUUUGACGGUGGUGGUGGUAGUCUAUUUUCUUGAUUCGCGUUCUGUGUCUGCAUCGCAGACGGGCUCUUUUCUGGUUUUGAAAUCUGUGUCGAUUUUGCAGUGCAAUUAUUUUCUUGUUUCGCUGUCUGCGUCGGCAUCGCAGAGGGGCUAUUGUCUGAUUUUGCGGUCUGUGUCCACAUUGCAGUGCAAUUAUUGUCUUGUUGCGCUGUCUGCGUCGGCAUCGCAGAGGGGCUCUUGUCUGGAUUCGCGGUCCGCGUCUGUGUUUUUGGGUUUAUUUGUGGUAAUUUGCCGUUGUUGAGGGAGAACUUGGUGGUGGUACUCUAUUUUCUUAAUUCGCGUUCUGUGUAUGCAUCGCAGAAAGGCUAUUUUCUGGUUUUGCGGUCUGUGUCGACAUUGCAGUGCAAUUAUUUUCUUGUUUCGCUGUCUGCGUCGGCAUCGCAGAGGGGCUAUUGUCUGGUUUUGCGAUCUGUGUCUGUGUUUUUAGGUUUAUUGUGGUGUUUUGCUGUUGUUGAGAGAGAACUUCUGCUUAAACAUGCAUGCUAACCAAACUGUUGUGGCUAACAUAGGCGUGCUGAUUUGAUAUUUACACAGCGACGCUAACAAAGUAGCUAGUGUGCAACACUGUUAGCGGCGCUGUGUAAACAGUAAGCCAGUUGUAACUUAGUUAUUCUGUGACUUCACUAAAUUCUUGGAAAUCAUAAUUUAGCAUUUGACGGUCUAUUUUCUUGAUUCGCGUUCUGUGUAUGCAUCGCAGAAAGGCUAUUUUCUGGUUUUGCGGUCUGUGUCGACAUUGCAGUGCAAUUAUUUUCUUGUUUCGCUGUCUGCGUAGGCGUCGCAGAGGGGCUAUUAUCUGGUUUUGUGAUCUGUGUCUGUGUUUUUAGGUUUAUUGUGGUGUUUUGCUGUUGUUGAGGGAGAACAUCUGCUUAAACAUGCAUGCUAACCAAACUGUUGUGGCUAACAUAGGCGUGCUGAUUUGAUGUUUACACAGCGACGCUAACAAAGUAGCUAGUGUGCAACACUGUUAGCGGCGCUGUGUAAACAGGAAGCCAGUUGUAACUUCGUUAUUCUGUGACUUCACUAAAUUCUCGGAAAUCAUAAUUUAGCAUUUGACGGUGGUGGUGGUAGUCUAUUUUCUUGAUUCGCGUUCUGUGUCUGCAUCGCAGACGGGCUCUUUUCUGGUUUUGAAAUCUGUGUCGAUUUUGCAGUGCAAUUAUUUUCUUGUUUCGCUGUCUGCGUCGGCAUCGCAGAGGGGCUCUUGUCUGGUUUCGCGGUCCGCGUCUGUGUUUUUAGGUUUAUUUGUGGUAAUUUGCCGUUGUUGAGGGAGAACUUGGUGGUGGUACUCUAUUUUCUUAAUUCGCGUUCUGUGUCUGCAUCGCAGACGGGCUAUUUUCUGGUUUUGCGGUCUGUGUCGACAUUGCAGUGCAAUUAUUUUCUUGUUUCGCUGUCUGCGUCGGCAUCGCAGAGGGGCUAUUGUCUGGUUUUGCGAUCUGUGUCUGUGUUUUUAGGUUUAUUGUGGUGUUUUGCUGUUGUUGAGAGAGAACUUCUGCUUAAACAUGCAUGCUAACCAAACUGUUGUGGCUAACAUAGGCGUGCUGAUUUGAUGUUUACACAGCGACGCUAACAAAGUAGCUAGUGUGCAACACUGUUAGCGGCGCUGUGUAAACAGUAAGCCAGUUGUAACUUCGUUAUUCUGUGACUUCACCAAAUUAUUGGAAAUCAUAAUUUAGCAUUUGACGGUGGUGGUGGUAGUCCAUUUUCUUGAUUCGCGUUCUGUGUCUGCAUCGCAAACGGGCUAUUUUUUGGUUUUGCGGUGCUAUUAUUAUCUUGUUUUGCUGUCUGCGUUGGCAUAGCAGAGGGGCUAUUGUCUGGUUUUGCGAUCUGUAUCUGCGUUUUUAGGAUUAUUGUGGUGUUUCGCUGUUGUUGAAGGAGAAUUUCUGCUGAAACAUGCAUGCUAGCAAAACUGUUGUGGCUAACAUAGGCGUGCUGAUUUGAUGUCUACACAGCGAUGCAAACAAAGUAGCUAGUGUGCAACCAAAAUGUGUUAGCCUCACUGUUUAGUUAUUCUUUUUGUAUUUUUUGGUGCUUAUAUAACAUAACACACGUUUAAAUUUUGAUAUGAAGUUUUACAAAUAUAAUGGGUAUUACAUGUAUUAUCUAUACUUUCAGAUGCCAAAACUGAAGGGUUGGCGUCGAUCACAGGCCGCAACCAGGCGCCGCGCUCAGCGCGAGUUCCUGAUUGUUGGUCCACAAAGCCACAGUGAUGACGUGCCUACAGGUGUGUAACAUUUUCUUUUAAAUGUAUCAUUUUUUCUUCACGCGCUAUAUUGGAAACAGUUUCUUAUUUCUUUGUAUCUUGGAAAAACACAUCCAAAUCAGGUUUACUGUUUACAUUUUACAAUAAUACAUGUCAAUGUUAUCUGUUUAAUAGGCACUGUUGGGACUGGUUAUCGCCAUCGCGUUAACCAGUGGCCAAAAUCUGUGUUGACUGGUCGUCAACACAAAUUGGUCAUUCCUCCUGAGGUUCCUGACAAGAAGGUAUGAUACUGACACUGUUUUUUACCCUCACAACACAAACUUCAGCUGAUACAGUAUUUAAUUAGUACUUCUCCCAUUUUUCAUCCUAGUUUGUUCUUAUUGUCGGUGACUCUCACCUGCGCCCGUUUGUUGAUGGGGUUGUGCCAUUGCCUGAAGGACGGAUGUCCUUUGGGUUCAUGUCCACACCAGGGGCCUGCGCUGAUGGACUGAGGACUGAGGUGGUACAUGCUGCUGUGCCUCGCAAUCCUGACUUGGUCAUUGUCAUGGCUCCUAGCAACAACCUCACAACCCAAGGGUCUCUUGAGAAGUCGUCAACAGAUUUUGCUAAACUUCUCUCCACUGCCGUUGGGAGGUGGUUCAAGGUGGGGCUAUGAUGUCAUGAACACAUUUUGCAGUAUCUCAAUUAGUAGUUAUGCUCUGUAAUAACUCUUGUAUUCCUUGUCCUUUUGGUGUGGUUGCUAUUUUUAAAGGUAAUUGUGUAUGACUUUCCACCUCGGCUGAACCACCCUUUGGAUCAUCAGGAGCUGCUGCGGCAGGAAUUCCGUCGAGUCGCAGCACGUAUGGGUACGUUUUACAACACUUUAAAUUCGCCUUCAUGACAAAAUUCUAAAUGACAAUAAUAUCAUCAUUAAACCAAUCACAUAAAACAUCUACAGAAAACACAAACAAAUUACAUGUAUUUUUUUAGAGUAACUCACAACUUUGUAUAUUUUAUGGACACGGUGAAAGAAUAAUUGUCUUUUUCUCUUUGUAGUAAAAUACACAAAUUUGUACUAAUGCUUCACUUUGUCUCACUUUACAUUAACAGGCAUUCGAUAUGUUUGCCCUGCUGCUGAUGACUUCCCCCUGAGACGCCUUAAGCUGUGGUGCAGGGAUUCUGUUAGUACAAUCCCUACUCAUCUGAUGUUUCAUAUGGACUUCAUAAUAAAUGCACAAAUUUUUGCAUCAUGCAAAUUUGUGAUCAUGAAAACUGUCUUGUCUUCUAUAUAGGUCCAUCUCAGUGAUGAUGGUGGGUCGCCUAUUCUGGGGCAGCGUCUCUGGCAGGCGGCCUACACUGAACUGGAGAGAGGUGAUCCUGCAUCAGUGCUGUCAGUGCAGCGCAGGCGCUCGCCCCCCCUGAGCACUGUCACACCAAAGGUGGUUGUGAGGGGAGAGGUACCUGCACCUCAACCAUCCAACCCCUUUGAGUGGACAGUGUGUGGAAAGGUGCACAAGGUAAACAUAAUUCCUGUGUGUCUAUAUACAUAUAGUAUAUGUAUUUAAUACAGUAUUGUUAAUUCUCAACUUACUUAUCACGGCAGAAUCUCUCUGGCAACGAGGUGGAGGACUCUGCUCCAUGCACUCAGCAGGUUUGACCUCCUUUUAUAUGACACAACUAUCAUGCAAAACCACUAUCAUCACAAUUUCUGUAUGGAUUACACACAUUUUCUUUGAAAAGAAACCCUUUUCUAAACUAUUACUUUAUUUAUUCUAUUUUUCUUUGUCUCUCCUUCUCAUCCUAGUUGUCAACAGUUGGGUUGCGAGACUGUUUUGUGCGUCUCAACCCUAUCCAUUUCAGUCCACACCUGCUGGAUGCCAUGGAGAAGAUUUCGCCAUCCCAGCUUCCCAACCCUGUUCCACAAGAUGAUGAGGUCAGUGAAAAUGUCAAACUACAGCAACACUUUGACUGUUCAUUCAUAAAAUGUUUUGUGUUUCACAACAACAAUGCUUAGAAGAAAUAUUUUUUUAUUCAGAUGCCACGUGUGGAACCACGCAGGACUGUGGUUGC